AUGGCACAAUCACCUUGCACUGGACGUGCACUGCUAUGCAUUUGCCUGCUCGCCUCCUCUUGGGGCACUUUCGGUGCGACAGUCAUCACCGGCGGCCCACCUCUGCCUUCCUCCAUUCAAGGCCAACUGACCAGACCGACGACUGCUGGCCAAUCAGGACUGAGUCCCAUCAUUCUCGUGCCUGGCGAUGGUGGCAGUCAGAUUGAAGCAAAGCUGAACAAGGACGAUGUGCCGCACUACUUUUGCGAUCGAAGUACUGAUUUUUUCAGUCUGUGGCUCAAUCUGGAGCUACUGGUACCCUUUGUGAUCGACUGCUGGGUAGACAAUAUGAAGCUCAUCUACGACAAUGUGACGCGAACGACGCGCAACAACGACGGCGUGGCCAUUCAGAUUCCCGGCUUUGGCAACACCACUUCGGUGGAGUACGUCGACUCCAGUCGGCUGCCCAUCUCCGGGUACUUCAACAUCAUGGCCGACCAGCUGGUGAAGAUGGGCUACCAGCGAGGAGUUGACCUGAGAGGUGCUCCUUACGACUUUCGAAAGGCGCCAAAUGAACUAGGCGACUACAUGAAGCAGGUGAAGGCGCUCAUCGAGGAGACCUACCAGACCAACAAGGGACGCAAGGUGGUACUCCUCUGCCACUCAAUGGGCUGCUCUCUGAUGCUGUACCUGCUGAACCGACAGCCCCAGCAGUGGAAGGAUCAGUACGUCAAGUCGCUCUUUACACUGGCCGGGCCCUGGGGUGGUGCUGUGAAGUCGGUGAAGGCAUUCGCCUCCGGGGACAACUUUGGCGUCAUCGUCGUGCCCACCCUGACCAUUCGCGAUGACGAGCGCACCUUUCCCAGUCUGGCGUACCUCCUGCCCAGUGACAAUGUCUUCGCCUCUGAGAAGGUGGUCGUGCAGACGGAGCACAAGCAGUACACGGUGGGCAACUACGGCGACCUCUUCAAGGACAUCAACUACCAGGUGGGCUACAACAUGUGGGUGGAUGUGAGGAAUCUGACGUACGACCUGACGCCGCCCGGGGUCGAGGUGUACUGCGUCCACGGCACCGGUCUGGACACCAUGGACAAGCUGAUCUACGAGAAGAACCGAUUUCCCGAUGAGCAGCCUGAUAAGAUUGAGUACGCUGAUGGAGAUGGCACCGUCAAUGUAGAGAGUCUGCAGGCCUGCAGUCGGUGGAAGGGACAACAGUCUCAACCGGUGCACUACAUGCCCGUCAAAGGCCUGGAUCACAUGCAGGUGCUCUACGACCUCAAGAUCAUGCAGAACUUGCUCGACCACGCCGCUACGUAA